CUCAACUGGACGCUCCUCCGCAGCUUUUCUCUCUGUCUCUGUCGCGACUCGCAUAUAGACGAGCUUUCGUGCCCGACAAGGAAGAUAUAUAUACGUAAAAUAGAGAGGAAGAAGGAUCGAGAGAAAAUCGGUCUUGGUACACUUUGUCGUCGUCGACGCGGUUAUAAAAAAGCACGCAGACAGAGGCGAGAAAAGAGAGCGGAGCUUGAUUCAACGUCGGCAGAGCUUUUAUAAAGCAGCAGUAGCAGCAGCAGCAACAGCGAGGAUCGAUCGAUUCCACAGAGAUACACAUCUUUCGUAUUAUCGAGUUACGUAAAAAACAGCGAAGAAAAGCAGAAUGCGCGGCUACGCGACGAGCUUUUGCGUCCUGAGUCUGCUCGGUGCCUGCACCCUCGCCAUGGACGAGUCCUCGCCUUCCUCGUCUUCGCUGCUGCGAUCGUCGUCGAGUGGUGGCUCGGUCGCAGCUUCCGAUUCGAAUUCGGUCUCGGCUGCUGCAUCGAUGUCGUCGUCGUCCUUGGUCUCGGGCUUGUCGCAGCACGCGCCCCGAGCCGAGGCGGCUUUCCUGCGGAUACCGGCCAAGCGAGCUUUCACGUACCGCACCGAGUUCAAGAGGCUGCCCCUCUAUCAGUUCGGCCUCGGCAAGCGAUCUCGCUCGUACGCCUUCGGACUGGGCAAGCGCGGCAAGCAGUACGCCUUCGGCUUGGGCAAGAGGAGCAACGUUAACUCCAUGAGCGAGUACGAGCAGCAGCAGCAGCUGCUGCAGAGGCUGCGACCCGACCAGAUGCAGGCGGCCCUCGACUAUCUGUCGUCGUCCAACGAGGAUGCCAACUACGACAAGUCGGACUACUGGCUGGAAAAGCGCUCAGCGGGCGCCUACAAUUUCGGACUGGGCAAGAGAAGCCCCGGAAGCUAUUACGAGCCGGACGAGCAGCGUUUGCUGCUGCCCGUCAAGCAGCUCAGAAACAACAAGUACGUGUUCGGUCUGGGCAAGCGUCGCUUGUACGACGUGCUGGAUAGCAGCGGAAGCAGUAGCAGCGACAGCGACGACGUGGAAGAUCUCGAGCUCGAGCUCAGCGACGACGAGGCCAAUUCGCAGUAG